AUGGCCUCGCCGGCGACCGGCGAUUCCGAUCAGGUCAUCUCGCUUUACUCGUCUGUGCCCGGUCGGGUACUGGUGGAAGCAAAUGGCUCUACACGGACAUUGGUUUUGAAUAGGCCAAAGCAGUUAAAUGCUCUCUCCUCUGCAAUGGUUACAGAACUUCUGAAAUGUUUCACUUCUUAUGAGGAAGAAAACACAGUUAAACUGUUGAUUGUCAAGGGGAAAGGAAGAGCAUUUUGUGCUGGAGGUGAUGUUGCUGAAGUCGCCCAAUCUAUAAAUAAUGAUACCUGGAAAUAUGGUGCUGAUUUUUUCCAUACUGAAUUUUUGUUAAACUAUAUCAUUGCAACUUAUAGCAAACCACAGGUUUCUCUACUUACUGGAAUUGUCAUGGGUGGAGGUGCUGGUGUUUCUAUACAUGGAAGGUUUCGGGUUGCCACAGGGAACACGGUUUUUGCAAUGCCAGAAACAGCACUGGGACUCUUUCCAGAUAUAGGGGCUUCUUAUUUUCUUUCUAGACUACCUGGGUUCUAUGGAGAGUAUGUUGGCCUUACUGGUGCAAGAUUGGAUGGUGCAGAAAUGCUUGCAUGUGGCCUGGCAACUCAUUUUGUCCCUUUGAACAGGAUGCCACUGCUUGAAGAAUCACUUAAAAAGGUGGAUACUUCUGAUCCAUUUGCUAUAUGUGGAAUUAUUGAUCAAUUUUCACAACAGCCAUCUGUGAAAGGAAGUAGUGCUAUGAAUAGGAUGGAAAUCAUCAACAGAUGCUUCUCCAAAAGAACAGUCGAAGAAAUCAUAUCCGCUCUUGAACAAGAAGCUCCAAGUGUGGCCGAUAAAUUGGUUACUGCUGCAAUCCAGUCAUUGCGGAAGGCUUCUCCUACUAGUCUGAAAAUCUCUCUCGCAUCGAUAAGAGAAGGGAGACUGCAAACUGUUGGUGAGUGCUUGCGCCGAGAAUAUAGAAUGGUUUGCCAUGUGAUGCGCGGUGACUUCAGCAGAGAUUUCUUUGAGGGAUGCAGGGCGAUACUUGUAGAUAAAGAUCGAAACCCAAAGUGGAUGCCGCCAACUCUGGAUCAAGUGCAUGAUGGGGUAGUUGCAAAAUAUUUCUCCAAGGUCGACGAUCCACAGUGGGAAGAUUUGAACCUACCAACUAGGUCUUCCCAUGGAAGAAGAAUUGUUCCCAAGCUCUGA